AUGGCGGCCGAACAACGCAAACUCCUCGAACAGUUGAUGGGCGAUCAAUUUGCUGGAUCUAUCGCCUCGAAAACCGCCAAUCUCUCUCUCACUUCCCCUCAAGUCUGUCGGUCCUAUCUCUGCGGCACCUGCCCACACGAUCUCUUCACAAAUACUAAACAAGAUCUUGGAGCCUGUCCAAAAUUUCACCCAGAAAACCUCAAGCUCGAGUACGAGACACUAGACGCGCACGAAAAAGCGAAGCUAGGGUUUGAGUACGACUACAUGCGGGAUAUGGAGCGUUAUGUGGCCGACUGCAACCGAAGGAUAGAGAGUGCACAGAGGAGACUGGAGAAGACGCCGGAUGAGAUUAGGAGGACGAAUGCGCUAUUGAAAACAAUCAGUGACUUGACCAAGACAAUAAAUACAGGACUACUGGAAAUACAGGUUCUGGGAGAGCUGGGCCAGGUCAAUCUCGCGGCCAGUGAAUUCUUCAAGGUACGCACAGCAAAACUUGCAAGAGAACAGGCAGAACACGACCUGAAGAGUUUAUCCGACACAUCUGGACCAUCAGGACAUCAAAAGCUACAGGUCUGCGAUGUCUGUGGAGCAUAUCUGAGCAGACUAGACAAUGAUCGCAGACUUGCGGACCAUUUCUACGGCAAGAUGCAUCUCGGAUACGCGCAAAUGAGGAAGACGUACGAGAAACUGAGUGGAGAGUUCAAAGGACGCAUGCCUCCUGUCAGAGAUCAAGAAUCGAGAGGGGAGGAUGGUUAUGGAGGCGGGGACUUUAGUGAUAGAAGAGGUGGAUAUGGUGGUGGUGGUGGAUUCCGUGGAAGAGGUAGAGGUAGAGGACGAGGAAGGUGGUAG